AUGGCGCCCGCCCCCACCUCGACCCGAGCUAGAUCGGGAUCGACCCCGCUGUGCCCCGACGACCGCGCCCCGCCGCCUGGUGCUGCUCGACGCCAUCUUCCACGUGGCCUCACCGCCCGACCCCGCCGCCGCGUGGAGCCCUCCUCGCCGGACCGCCCCUACACCCCCUCGAGCUCGCACGCGACACCCCUCGUGAGCCCCGUCUGCCCUCCUCUCUCCCCGUCGCCGGAUCCGGCCCGCGCCCACGCUCAUGACGCCCCAGCCUCCCCGUCGCAUUCCCACCUUCGCCCGCGCACCGGCUACGCCCCGUGCGUGCGCCCGCGCCCGCCGCAAUGCUGCCUGCUGCAGCCGUUGCUCCUUUGCUAUUGCUGCCGCUGCUAG